AUGCGUAUUGAAACUUGUUAUUUUUGUUCGUCCAGAAUUUAUCCUGGACAUGGAAUUCAAUUUGUAAGAAACGAUUCUAAGAUAUUUAAAUUUUGUCGAAGUAAAUGUCAUAAUGCUUUUAAACGAAAGAAAAACCCAAGAAAAACAAGAUGGACGAAAGCAUACAGAAAAACAUGUGGAAAAGAAUUGACUGUAGAUUCAUCUUUUGAAUUUGAAAAAAAGAGAAACAUACCUAUUAAAUAUGACAGGGAACUGUGGUCGAAAACUGUUGAAAUAAUGAAAAAGGUUGAAGAAAUUAAACAAAAAAGACAAAAUAAUCAUAUUAUGAAUAGGUUGAGAAAGGCUAUUGAACUGGAAAAAUCUAGGGAUAUUAAAGAAGUUAAAAAUAAUAUUGUUAUGAUCAAAUCCCCUGCAGCCACAUUAAAGAAUAAGGCAAUAGAAAAGGCAGUUGUCGAAGAAAUACAUGAAUCAGAUGUUGAAAUGCAAGAUGAUGAAGAAAGUCCAAUGAUGAUUGAUGUAAAAAGUUGA